AUGGGAGAGAAAGAAUCAGUCGUUGAGUACAUCGGAAGGAUCCAAGUAGUGGUGAACGCCAUGAGAGCCUGUGACAAGGUCGUGAAAGAUAAGAAAAUUAUGGAGAAAAUACUCAGAACGUUAACCCCACAAUAUGAUCAUAUAGUUGUAGCCAUAGAAGAAUGUAAAGAUCUUAAGAAUAUGAGAGUCGAAGAACUACAUAACUCUCUAGAGGUGAGUCAGGGUUCGAAUCAAGCCUUACAGACCAGAAGUAAUUACAAACCCAGAGGACAAGGAGCUGGAAGAGGUAGAGGCCGAUCACGGGGAGGUCGAACCAGAGGCAGAAAUGCGAAUGUCUGUGAUCAGAGUGUCGAAGAAGAUUAUAGCGAGCAUAGAGAUGGAAGCAAGAGAGGUGGAAAACAAACGAGAGGAAGAAGAAGAAAGAACAUUGAUAAGAGAAACAUCCAGUGUUAUACCCGUAGUAAAUUCAGGCAUUAUUCUUCUGAAUGUUGGCACAAUGGAGCUGCUAAUAAGAGCAAAGAUGAUGAGGCUAAUCUUGCGCAAGACACAUACGAAUUUGAUUCUGAUCACGUCCUUCUAAUGAGUAUAGUUGACCAUGACAAAGAAGAGCUGCGAUGGAGUCUAAGUAAGAACGAAUGCGAGGACGAAGUGCAUGAUUUAAAUAGGUGUAAGAACGAUUUUCUUACACAAGACAAAUGUCAAAAGGUGGAACAUGUAUUGAUGUCUAACAAUGCGAGCCAUGCAAUAAAAGAUAAUUGCUGGUAUUUAGAUAAAGGUUGUUCCAACCAUAUGACGGGCAAGAAAGAAUGGUUGAUAGACCUGGAUCUGAAUAUCAGAAGCAGUGUGAUGUUUGCUGACAAUAGUGUGAUCAUGGCUGAAGGGGCUGACAAGAUUCUAGUAAGACACAAGGAGCAUAUCUACUGA